AUGCAAGGCGUCGCAGUCUUCAUCGAAGACAUCACCAUCAACGCAACCUCGGACGAGCAACAAAACAUGGGCCGUCUAACCGGCGAAGUAAUCAAAUCCACCCGCGACAGCAUCCGCAACGGCUUCCUAGACUGGAGCCCACGCCUCCUCNNCCUCGCAAUGUACAGUUGCGAAAUCCAAGCUUCGGCCGAAGUCCUCGGCCGCGUCUACGCAGUGAUAACCCGCCGCCGCGGCCGCAUAAUCUCCGAAUCCCUGCUCGAACCCUCUCCAAACUUUACCAUUGUGGCUCUGUUGCCCGUGGCAGAGAGUUUUGGCUUUUCGGACGAGAUACGCAAACGCACUUCUGGCGCCGCCAGUCCGCAGUUGGUGUUUGAAGGCUUUGAAGUGUUGGAUGAAGAUCCCUUUUGGGUUCCUAGGACCGAAGAGGAGAUUGAGGAUUUGGGGGAAAAGGGAGAUAGAGAGAAUGGGGCCAAGAGGUAUGUGGAUGGUGUUAGGGAGCGCAAGGGAUUGUUUGUGCAGAGGAAGGUUGUUGAGCAUGGAGAAAAGCAAAAGACGUUGAAGAGGUAG